GAGAGUUCUCGACAAUUGAUACUCCGCACCAAUUCGGAAAUGCUAGAGAUUUAGAUAGAAGUGAGGGGCUGACGGCAUUCAAAAGAGUGCGUAAAGCUCCUGCGAUGCAAUGGUACACUCCGCCAUUUAUAAAUUUAGAGAAAAGAAAAUUUAAUAAACCAAAAUUAGAAAGUGAAGAAGCUAAAAUUCAAGAAGAAAGAGAGAGGCAAAUUUUAGAAACGAUUUACAUCACAUCAGAUCAAGUACCAUUUUCACCUGCGGAGCCUGAUGAAAUCGUAAAACCCGAUCGCAUCAAGUCUCGUGAAAUUCCUUUGUACGAGGAACCAAACGAAGAUGACAGUUAUGAUCGUUCAUUUAAUGAUGUUAUCGAUAAUGAUUUAGAUAAUCUCCCUAUUUCCGAAGAAUUAUUAAGAACAUUGCAACACGUGUAUACCCAAUGGCAAAGUAUGCAGUUGGGUAAUCAACAAAAUCAAAAUAAUAUGACAUUUUCUUCUAGUACGGUAGGAAUGGAGAGUCAGAAUAUUGUGCACAAUUUACUUGGGGGAAGAAUACCUAUGCCUACACAACUUCUUCCUUCUCAACAACCGCCCAUCCAACAACCUAUACCAUGGAAUUUAGAUGUAAAACAACCCAAUACGGUCUUAAGUUACCAUCAACAGCAACCACCGGUUAUUAAUCAACCAUCCACCAAUAUUGCAACGGCGGGAUUACCACCUCAACAAUCUUUUCCUCAACA